AUUCACAGCCUUUCUUUGCUAGCUCGGGAGAUACUAUAAUUUUCUAGAAAUAAACGAAAAAACGCUGCUUUCGAAAAUGAGUAGUUUUAUAGCCCACAGCUUCUACGAGGCAGCUAGCUAACAAGCUAACGCUAAGGAGCUGGUGAGAGAAAAGCAACCUAAUAAAGCGUGGUUUUAGCUAAUCUGGGCUGGCUAACUGUCCGAAAAAUGCAUGUUUUGGGAGUUGCAACAUACUGGAGCUGAUGUGCAAAGGGUUUUUACUUUGUGUGUGUGUGUGUGAAUAAAAACCACAACCAUAAUCUAUAUAUGCCCCUCCCCCGUGCAUGAAAAGCAGUUUGCUACAUAGCAGCGUUUCGGACUUUUCUAGCUAAUCACCUAUUAGCUUUCAUUAACUUGACAGUCUUUGGCAAUUACAGGUCCUUGAUGUCUUGAUAGGUACAGAUGAACAUGGAAGACGAAUCCCCAAGUACCUGAUUCACUUCAAUGGCUGGAGCAGAAGCUGGGAUCGCUGGGCUGCAGAGGAUCAUGUCCUAAGGGACACUGAAGAAAACCGUAAACUGCAACGUAAACUGGCUCGCAAAGCUCUAGGGCGCAUGAAGAGAAAGGGAUGGACGAAGAGGCGACGCCGUCACUCUGGUAGUAAAUCCUCUCUGAAGACUCUCCCUAAAGAGGACGACAGCGAUGACGCGUGCUUGAUUUCCACUUCAGAGAGCAGCGAAGGGGACAACUCUGACCCUGAAUCUUCAAAUAGUGGGGACAGCACCUUCUCUGAGGAUAUCAACAAGAUGAGGGUUGAGCCAGAUAUUAAUGUGAAGAGGGAGUGUGAGGAGAAGAUUGUUCACGUGGACAUAAACAUCCCUGAUGUUCUGAAGAAGAAACUGGAGGAUGACUGCUUCUACAUCAACAAGAGGAAAAAGCUUGUCAUGGUUCCUUGUCAGACAAACGUGGUGCACAUCCUGGAGUCAUAUGUCAAGCACUUUGCUAUCAACAAAGCUUUCAUGGCCAAUGACAGGUACAGGCGUCAGCAGAGCACCACGCAGAGCAGCAGUCCACAGCCAGUCCCUCCAGAGAAAAGUGAGGAGCUCUGUAAAGAAAUGGUAGAUGGCUUGAGGAUCACUUUUGACUUCACCUUACCCAUGAUCCUCCUCUACCCCUGUGAGCAAGCUCAGUUCAAAAAGGUCAGCUCUGCCAGGGUUUUCCUCGGCAUGAACGAAGGCUCGCCGUGCUCCAGCAACACUCAACGAGAGCGCAGCCCGAGCCCACUGGGACACAAUCCCCCUACUCCUCAGUCCACAGACAGCCAGCCAGCACUGAGCGACACAUCAGCCACCACGCCCACCGCUGCAGCCCCAACUCCAAAGCGCCGGCGCCACCCAGACAUGGACUGUAUCUCAUACCAGUCCCAGUCACUCAGACGCUCCACCAGGAACACAUCAGGUGGGGACCGUCCUGCUGAAGGAAGCAGCGGAGGAGGAGGAAGCGCCACAGCUUCCCCGCAGCUCAAACGACGAUCUCUCGACACCUCGUCACAACCCAAGUUCUUUCUCAACCUCGACAGAAAAACUCCAGUCCACAGCGGCUCAUCUUCCCCGUUGCCCUUGACUCCAAGCAAAGAGCGAAGUGGGCCUUUCUAUGGCCUGGAGAGCCGUAGAAACAAUGAGCUUAAUGAGGUUCUGAGCUGGAAGCUGACUCCUGACAACUACCCUCUGAACGACCAGCCCCCUCCACCCUCCUACCUGUACGGAUCGCAGCACCUCCUGCGGCUUUUUGUGAAGCUUCCUGAGAUCCUGGGAAAAAUGCAAAUCCCGGAGAGAAAUCUUCGCGCUCUGAUCAAACACCUGGAACUCUUUCUGAGGUUUCUGGCUGAGUUCCAUGAGGAUUUUUUCCCCGUGUCAGCGUACGUGUUGGCAUCAGAGGCCCACUACAACAUGAAACAGCCGAGGCCGGUUUACUAAAGGAGGCGUGGGCUCCUCCUUCGGUUUUCUUGUCUCUUCCUUGACCUAAAUCCCCCCUGCAGCUUGUCUGGGCCUGCGUUCAGAGGAAUAAAUGCCAGCUUUAUUCCAAGUUCGGCCAUCCUCUGCUACAUUUUCUUGCUCUUGCUUUGCAGAACCAGUUGCUUGCAUCAUUCCACUAACCCAUCCUGCAUGUAAGGCCCACCCUGUGCCCCUUUACUUCGACGCAUGCCCUCUGUUGCUUGUUGGCUGCCUCUUUUUAGGCUAUUUAAACUAAAAAGUUCAGAGACGGCGCUACUAACCCUCAUUGUUGCUUCUUUCUUACGUACCAAGACACCAGCUUUGACUUUGUUGGAUGAUGUGUUCAUUGAGGGGAGAAGAGAGACGAAUUAAAAUAAAAUAUUCUUCGUUUUCCUUCCCAAUAAACUCAUUUUGGAGACUCUGGAGGGGAUUGUGCAGCUUUUUGGAAGCUAAACCUUCUCUGAGGAGUGACUUCCUGCACUUUCCAUGCAGCUGAUUGGACCAUUGACUGCUGAACAAUUCUGGUUUACUGACUGUUUAAGAAACCUCUUUUUUCUUUUCUAGUUCCAAACCUUUUGGAAAGAAUCUUUAUUUUUCUUGCUUUGUCUUGCUUUUAUCUCCAGCAAAUGUUUUUAUUUUUCUAUUCCUGUCACUGAAGCCACCUGCAGACACAAGGAAUGAGCUUAAGAGCAGUGCAGCAUUUCUCAGCUGUAAAUCAUUUUAAGUUUUAUGUUCUUAGUUAGUUUCAGACCAGUUUAAGAGCAGAAAAGCCGACUAUAAAUGAUAAAUGUUAGGAGGUAUAUGUACAUAGGGGUCAGCUUUAGAGGUAACACCAAUGCUUACCUAAAAAAAAUAUCCUGUAAAAAUGUAAAUAAAUGCAACACAUGUCAAUUAGUUUGGACUUUUAAUGCACCGUAUUUUGUUGGUUUUUUUCAUGGCAUGUUGGAGUUGUUUUGUUUCCAUUUAAACCUUGUUCAUAGUUAAAAUAAAGGGUUCUCUCAA